AAAUGGGCAGUCCUCUGACGGUGCUGAAAAAAAAGCCAUUUUCUGGCGCUGCUGCAAAUUCUGUCCAAGUCCAAAUAAUUUACCUGGAUCCUCGCUGGGAGGAGAGGGACUCUUUUAUGUCUUAAACAGAUCUGCCCAGAUGGAUAAAAUGCAGCCAAACCGGAUUAAAAUCACAGAUCUGAAUCCACAUCUCACAUGUCCACUGUGCGCUGGGUACUUAAUUGAUGCCACAACCAUCGUAGAGUGCCUGCACUCAUUUUGUAAAACUUGCAUCGUUGCCUUCCUGGAGACAAAUAAGUUCUGCCCGCGAUGUGACGUCCAGGUUCACAAGACAUGUCCACAGCUCAGUAUCAGAGCGGACAAAACUCUACAAGAUAUUGUAUAUAAGCUUGUUCCAGGGUUAUUCAAAGAUGAAAUGAAGCGGAGGCGGGACUUCUACGCAGAGAAUCGUGUGCUGGAACCAGGGGAAGUGGUGGAGACGUUCAAUAUAGCAGAGGAUGAAAUCAUCAGUCUGUCCAUACAGUUCUACGAGAGGAACAAAAAUAAUGAGAUGCAGCAUGCAGAGUUGGAAGGAGACAAGUCCAAUGGUAAACGCUUCCUGCAGUGCCCAGCAGCCAUGUCCGUCAUGCACUUAGCAAAGUUCCUCCGAAGCAAGAUGGAUAUUCCCAACACUUAUCGGGUGGAGGUGUUGUAUGGAGACGAGCCGUUGAAGGACUACUACACACUAAUGGAUAUUGCCUACUUUUAUGAGUGGAGACGGACCGGACCCAUCCCCUUGCAGUAUCUGGUCAAACCCAACCGAAAGCGCAGGAGGCUGUCUCAGUCUGCCGCCCAGGGCCACUCUGACGGCGUCAACACAAGCCCCACGUCCGAGAGCGACUCCCAGAGCGACAAGGUCCACAGUCCCGCUGCGGCCCAGCCCCCCAGAGCCUCUUCGCAGUCCAGCCCCGCGUCCCACAACCCCUCUUCUGCCAUCCAAAGCUCCAACGGUCCCACCGUGCCCAACAACACUCAGCGACACACGCCGGCCUCCAAACAGAGCGCCAACACUCGGAAGGUGACUGUCAACGGCACGAGCUCCGGGGCUGGCAAAGAGGAGGCGAGAGGAGGAGACAAAAGCGGUUUGCCUCCGACGACCUAACUUGUGUGCGGGGGGGGCAGCGGGGGGGGGGGGGGGAGGACAGUGUUUGAAUUGCUCCCUUUUAUUAUUUCUACAGCCCAAACAGACGAGCUCCGGCAUGUCCUCCUUCUGGACACACAGGAGGUGGAUUACUGUCCUCACCUUUCAGCAGGAAAAAGACUGAAAAGUGUAGCCAAAUAGACACUUGUAUGUAUGUGCGUGUGUGUGUGUGCGCGUGUGUGCGUUUAUGUGUGUUAGACUAGAACAGUGCACACAUACAAACUGUACAGGAUGUAUCAAAUGUGAGCAUGUGUGCAUACAUAUGUAUAAACUUAUCUUUUAUACAAGA